GCCUUUCUCCCCGCUGGUGCUCUCGCAAGUACUCCUGGAAACGGCUCUCCCUCUCCCGAAGUCCAAAUCCCAAAUCCCAAAUAAAAAAAAAGGGAGGUGGAUUUUCCAUCCCGCGGCCGGUGCACGAUCGAUCCCCUUCCUUUUGCUCUGCACCGCCUCCUCGGCUUGGUCGCGUCGCCUCGCGUCCACUCCCCACCAACUCCGAACUCCUUCCCCCUCUUUCCCAAAUCGAGCAGGCGGCGGGGAGCCCGGCGGCUCGGUUUCUUGGGUCCCAGAUUCAAUCCCUCUCCGAAUCUCGCCGCCGGCGUCGCUACCACGGAUCGCCGUGGAACACCGAGGUUGUCGCGGGUUUCGGCAUGCUAUAGUCGCCAGCCUGCAGCGGCGAUCGUCUCCGAGCCGGGCUAGCCAUGUCGUGGGGGCGGUUCAGAUUCACCCCUCACAGCGGGCUCAGCCGGACGCGGUGGACGCGGGUCUUCCCCGCGCAGAAGUCCGCGCCUUGCACCGUGGUGCUUAGCGAUGAGGACGAUGAUGGUGACGAUACCUCCGACUCGGAUGUUCUCAUAAUCGACGACGCAGCUGCGGGAGAAUCAGCUUCUGCGGCGGGACGUGGAUCUCAAGCCAGGAAAGGGAACCACUCCUCCAGUAACGUGAUCAACAUAGAUGAUGAUGAAGACGAGGAAGAUGGUACCAGAGGGGAUAAAGCAGGUCCCAGCAUGUCCCGUGCUUCUGGGUCUCCAGCAGCUAUGACACCGGGUCGGGGUUCUCCACGGAACAGAUAUGGGAUUGGGAUGAAUGGGAUGGAUUCCAUGUCCGACAGCUCUGAGAGCGAUCUUACUGAAGGAUGGGACUCUUACACUGAUGAUGGCAGCUCUGAUUGUGAGAUUCUCGAUGACACUUACACUGAUGAUGGCAGCUCUGAUUGUGAGAUUCUCGAUGACACUGGUACAGCACGUAAGAUGUGGGAGACAGCUGCUUCCAGAAAAAAGCCAGCUAACGGUGUCCAUGAGUGUAAGGAUGCUGGGACUACUGCAUUUGAAUCACGUGCUGGGUUGGAGACACAACCAGGUAAAAACUCUGAGCAUCUCUUUGGUGCCGAAUGCCAUCCAGACGAGAGUAUGUCUCGGUUUUGCAGCGCUGCAAGCAAGUAUGACUCUCAAAAUAGUAGUAGCGGAACAAAGGAAUGCCCUGGGCGUGCUCAAAGUAGUGCUGGCAAUGCAAAUGGUUCCAAUGGCCCUUCUGUGCCAAAUGCCGAAGAUGUGCCAAAUGAUACCAGCAGGUCAAAGGAUGGCCAUGACCAAUCUUCAGUGCCAAAUGUCGAGAAAUGUUCAAUGGUUGGUUCUGAAAAAGCUUCAGAAGGUGUUCAAUCGCCUCGGCUGGAUGAAAACUCUGCGUGUAACUUUGCCUCUGCAAAUAGGUUUUUUUCUGGGAUCUCAUCAACGAGCAGGAAAGAUGGAAGUCCUCCAAUUUCUGUCAGCACUCCUGAAAAGGUUGAUGAGAAAAUACCUGAUCAGUCGCCACCUGAAGCUUCCUUUAACACAAAUAUUUAUUCUGCUCAAGAUAAUGGUCCUGUCAGGGGUAAGGAUUUGCUUCAAGAUCCCGAGGACUUGGGGCUAUUUGCUUCAUUGAUUGGUGAACGUGAAAAACACAAAGAAUCUGUUGAGUACAAGCGGGCAGCAGAGGAGGAGUGGGCAUCGAGACAGCGGCAAUUACAAAUACAGGCUGAGGAAGCAAAGAAAUUGCGAAAGAGAAAGAAAGCUGAAGCUCAACGAUUGCUUGACAUGGAGAAGAGACAAAAGCAAAGACUGCAAGAAGUCCGUGAAUCACAGAGAAAGAAUGAAGAAGCUAUACAGCUUAAGGAGCAGUAUCGGGGUGUAGUCAGAAAGGAACUGGAAGAUUUGGAAAGGAGACAUUGGGAUAUGACUUCAAUAUUGCAUGCGCUAGGCAUCUCUGUUGAAGGUGGUGAGGUUAAAGCCUUCAAGCAAGCUCUUCUGAAAUUCCAUCCCGACAGGGUAUCAAGAAAUGAUAUUUAUCAACAAGUAAAAGCAGAGGAGACAUUUAAGUUCAUUUCGCGGCUGAAGGAGAAGCUACCUCGGCUAUCCUAAUAGCCAUCCCCAACUCAGUCUCUGUUUUUACACAUGCCUUAGUCGCAUCCUCCUUUUAACCUGUAGGGUCAAGGUACAGAGUUGAGAGGAUGUUUAUUGGCGUUCUUAGAAGUAACUAGGGCUUAGCUCUUUCGCUUGGGUUCGGUUUGGUAGGCAUUCGUGUACCUGGAUGGCGAAACGGUUGUACAUGACCGAUGGCAGAAAGAACAUUCUUUUUUAAGGCCAUCUUUAUUAAUUUAUCCUACAAAAUACCACGGUGUCAUCCUCUGGUUUUCA